GUGUGUUGUUACUGAAACGAUUAUUACCACAUAUGCCAUGUGUUGCGGCAAGCAUGGUGGAAGAUACAGAUAAGGAAGUGUAUGGUCCAGGUGUAUCUAUUGUGAGCUGAAACAAUGUCCUCCAUUGACAAACUGCUCGUUCAAGGAGUGCGUAGUUUCGGACCAGCUGACGAUCAGAAGGCAGUCAUCAAAUUUGACACCCCCCUCACGAUCAUUACCGGCCAGAAUGGAGCUGGGAAAACGACGGUUAUCGAGUGUCUGAGGUACAUCACGACAGGGGAGCUGCCUCCCAACACCCGGGGAGGAGGGUUCGUCCAUGACCCCAAGCUGAUUGGGGAGCGAGAGGUACGGGCGGUGGUGAAGCUCAAAUUUAAGGAUAUCAUGAAGAAUAUGGUCACCUGCCAUCGAAUGCUUGCAUCCAUACAGAAGCCUCGUAAGACUGAGCAGAAGACACUAGACUCUUCCAUGGAGAAGAUCACAGCAAGUGGAGAGAAAAAGAAGAUCACUAGUCGGUGUGGUGAGAUUGAUAAGGAGAUGGUGGCUCACCUGGGAGUGUCCAAAGCCAUCCUCAACACAGUGGUGUUCUGUCACCAAGAAGAGUCAACAUGGCCACUGAGUGAGGGUAAGAACCUCAAGACCAAGUUUGACGAUAUAUUUGCUUCCACACGCUACACCAAAGCUCUUGAAAACAUAAAAAAGCUGAGAACCGAGCAGGUAGGGCAAUGUAAGGUCUACGAGACUGCGUUGGGCUAUCUGGACAAGGAGAAGACAAAAGCUGAUGAGCUGCAAAGUUCUCUGGCGGAGGCCGAGAGGAAGGUGGCCAGCUCCAAGACUGAGAUUGUAAGGAUAAAAAGUGAACUGGAUCCCAUUGAUGAGCGGCUUCAAGAGCUAAAUGACAAGUAUGAGCAAGUCACCACUUUGGAAAGGAGCAUUGCCAAGCUUGAGAGCAGCAAGGCAGAGCUAGUCCGCAGUAAGCAGGAACUGGAGAAGAAGGUGACCUCACCAUUCACUGGGACACGCUCUGAGCUGCAGCUGGCCAUGGACAGACACACCUCUCAACUGGAAAGGAGCGAAAGACGCUUGGAAGAGUUGAAGCACAAGUAUAUGCUGUUUUGUGGGGAGGAAGAUGAGGUUAAAGGUCAACUCAGUGAGCAGCAUCAGGAAAGCGGCAAAUUGGAGACUGAAGAUAAGUAUCACCAGAAGAGGAUCUGUACACGGGAUGACAGCAUUAAUUCCACGGCUCUCUCGCUCUCUAUCGAUGGCUACACUGAGGGCCCGUACUCGGCUGCAGCUGCUCAGUCAUUUGUCUCCAUGGUAACCAAGCAGAGAAAAGAAAAGGAGGAAUCUGCUAAGACUGAAAAAAAAUCGUAUCUGGACAAAGAGCACAGACUCGAGGAGCAGCUGAAUGAGCUGCAAACGAACCUGGCCCAACUAACAGCUGCCAAGAGUAUGAAAGGGGAGAGCAUUGAGGACAACAAAAGGAGUGUGGCAAAGAUCAAGCAAGAGCUGGGGGUAAUUCGUAAGGGCGGUGAAGAACUGGAGGAGGUGGAGAGACAGCUAAAACAAGCCGACGAGGAACUGACAGAGUACCGGGAAGGAGUGGACCUUUCUUCAUUGGAUGAGGCAGCUCGCUCACUGAGAGAUGAGAAGAAGAAGAUGGAUGAUAAAGUGCAGACACUGCAAUCUGAGCUCAGCAAGAUUAGUCAGCAAUCAGCUGCCAGGGGCGCUCUGGAGGCACUAAAGAACCAAAAGAGGACUCAGGAGGUCACCUAUCAAAAUGAAAUGGCUGGUCUGGAGACGGACCUCCUCUCCCUGUUGGGAGUCAUGCCAGGACCUGAGGAAAACCUUGAGGACAAAUUGUCUGAUCUUGACCGAACAAAGAGGGCGGAGCUUCAAAAGUGGUCAAACCAGGCUCAGAAAGACUCGUCUCAGCUGUCAAGACUCGAGGUCCAGAAAGAAGAGCUUGUAAAGCAAGUGUCUGAAAAGAAGGCUCGGGCAGAUAAACUGCAAGCAGAGGUUGCCGAGGUAACGGGGGAGAGCAGUGUACCAUUUGAGGAGGCCAAGGCGCAAUUGGAGAGAGAUAUUGAGAAGAAAUUAGAGGACAUCUCCACGGUGAAGGGGUCAGAGAGCUUCUUCAAGAAGUCGUUGGAGAAGAUCCAUGAGAAGAGAGUGUGUCCAGCUUGUACAAGAGGGUUCGACAAUCAGGACGACUUUGAGAGAACCAUCAAAGUGCUGUCUGACCGCCUCAACAAGAGCAUCCCCACUCUCCUCCCAGUGAUGAAUAGAGAAGUGCAACAGCUGCAGGGGAAACAGAGGAAGCUCAUCGAACUCAAACCCAAGAUGGAUGACCUAACGAACCUUCGCUCCUCUGUCCUACCCUCCCUGGAGAAGAACCUCUCUGAGAAGAGCAAGACUCUCGACAAGUUCCGGACCACCUCCUCCAAGGCCAAGGCUGAGCAGACUCGACUACAGAGCGAGCUGCAGAGUGUGCGGGAGUUGCAACCACGAGUGGGUAAGGCUACUCAUCUGAGAGGUGCUCUCAAAGAGUUGGAUAGGAGGAUCUCCAGCGAGGCUAGUCGUAUAGGAGUGGGCGGUUCCACUCGCAGUCAGGUGAUGGUGAACAGGGACUUGCAGGAGGCCAACAGAGCAGCGGACGAGUUGAAUCGAAAGUUGGACCACAAGCGUCAGGAGAUCUCUGAGUCCCAGCAAGCACUCCGACAACUGGAGAACAGUGUACACUCCCUCAGAGAGGAGAAGCUGAAACUGAAGGCUCAGUUGCAAAAACAGGAACAGUUGGUAGCUAAGAAGAGUGAUCUCACUGCACAGAUUGAGACUUUGGACAGGGAAAUCAAGACUCUGACCCACCAACUGGGUCCUGUGGAGGAGCGUUUGUCGGUACUGACCAAUCAGAAGGCGGCGCUAGUGAGGGAGAGGGAGGAGGUGGAGACCACACACAGAGCAGAGAUUGACUCACUCAAGACGAAGGAGUCCAACCUUCGCAAGAUGACAGCUGAUAUCAACAGUUACAUUGAGCGAGGUGCUGACAAGGCGCUUUCUCGUUGUCAGAAGAGGUUGGCUGAGCUGCAGGCGGACUACAACAAAAAGGGAGGACAAAAGAAGGAAGUGGAAGAAAAGAAACAAUCCCUCCAGGAAGAGCUUGCCAAUGCCAAGAUGCGUGAGCGUGAGCUGGAGGACAACAUGACUCUAAUGAGUUACUGUGACGAGAUCUCGAGCAAGGAGGAGGAAGUGAGGAGAUUCAAGUCUGACCUGAGAAGGAUGGGUCUUGAGCAGUACGAUGAGGAGUUCCGACGCUGCCAAGAGAGCUCUGGCCGACUGACAAAGCAGAUGGCUCACAGUAAAGGAGUGUGUGUAGGGCGGGAGGAUGAGGUGAGGAUCUUUCAGACGCAGCUGAACAGUGACAUGUACAAGGACAUUGACAAGAAACACAGGGACAAACUUAUUGACCUCAGGACAACAGAGACGGCAAUCGCAGACCUCGAGAAGUACUACAAGGCGUUGGAUCGAGCCAUCAUGAGGUUCCACACACUCAAGAUGGAGGAGAUCAACAAGAUCUUGAAGCACCUGUGGAUCAAGACGUACAAGGGUGGGGACAUAGACACCAUUGAGAUACGCUCUGAGGACUCCUCAGCAGAGGGUGCCCCUGUCAACAAGAGGAGAGUCUACAAUUACAGGGUGGUGAUGUUGAAGGGGCAAACGGCUCUGGACAUGCGUGGUCGGUGCAGCGCAGGGCAGAAGAUGCUGGCCUCCAUCUUGAUUCGUCUUGCUCUGGCUGAGACCUUCUGCCUCCACUGUGGUCUGUUAGCACUGGACGAGCCGACUACCAACCUGGACCGUGACAACAUGGAGGGCCUGGCCAACUCUCUCAUUGACAUUAUCAAGGAGCGUAGCAGUAGUCAGAAGAACCUGCAGCUGAUUGUCAUCACUCAUGACGAUGCGUUUGUGGAGCUUCUCGGUCAGGCUGGGUUCACUGAGUGCUACUUCAAGGUCUCUAAAGAAGUUGGGGAGUGCUCUCGAAUAUCCAGAGAGUUCUUUGCGGGAGGAGCCACAGCUCUAGCCCAGUGACUGUAAAGAAAGAGGAAUCAACCUCUCUAAUUUAAGACUAAGACUCGAUAAUUGAUGUACUUUUCUUAUUGAUCCAUUUAAUAGCUAAAAUUAUAGCAAAAACUGUUUAUUGUUAAUUUGACUCGA